GACUCGAGAUGGGCUCCAAGUACCCACAGUCUGUCCGCUUCUGCCUGCCCCUGUGGGCCCUGGCACUGCAGGCCACUUUCACACUCCUCUUUACCUUCUUCAUCUCCUACGAUACACCCUCAGUGGAUCAGAAGUUCAUGGAAACAUAUCAAGUUCUCCAGGAUUUGACCCUUAUGGCAGCUCUGGGUUUUGGCUUCCUUUCCUCAACUUUUCGGAGACACGGCUGGAGCAGCGUGGCCUUCAGCCUCUUCAUGCUGGCCCUCGGGGUACAGGGGACAAUCCUGCUAGACCACGUCCUGCGCCAGCCCUUCCACUGGAAUGUGGCCAUCAAUCUGUCCAGUGUCCGGGUUGCCACCCUGAGCACCAUGCCGGUGCUCAUCUCUGCAGGUGCCGUCCUGGGGAAGGUCAACUUGGUGCAGCUGGCAGUGAUGGUACUGGUGGAGGUGACGGCUUUCGGCACCACCAGGCUUGUUGACAAGCUGAUCUUCCAUGUUCACAUCCACAAUGCAGUACUGGCAGGAGGCGUGGCUGUGGGUGCUUCCUGUCACCUGAUUAGUUCUCCUUGGAUCGCCAUGGUACUGGGCCUCAUGGCUGGGUUGAUCUCCAUCGGGGGAGCCAAGUGCCUGCCGGUGUGUUUGAAACAAACGCUGACGAGUCAAGUCCCCAGUGGGGUGCACUACACCUUCGGCUUUCCGGGUCUGCUGGGAGCAGCCACCUACAUUCUGCUGACGGCCACACAGAACAUCUACCCGAUGCUCAUGGUCAGCAGCCAGAUAUUCAGUGACACUGGGGCUCUGAGCUUUGCUAUGGCCAUGGGGAUGAUAUCUGGUCUUGUGACAGGUUUGCUCCUAAAUGUCAAAAUAUGGAAAGCGCCUCACGCAGCCAAAUAUUUUGAUGAUCAAACUUUCUGGGAGGCUCACCCCAGGCAGCCGCUGAACUCUCCUGUGACUGAGGCUUUCUGUACUUUUGCCUGGCUGGAAUCACACAGCCCCACUCUUCUUGGGCCUCCUCUACUCCACAGUUAUUCUGAGAAUCAACCAUGCUGUCUGUACUCUGUGGCCCGCCUCAUCUUGUGCCAGCUUCUCUGCACAGCAAUGGGUUUUUGGCGUCCACAGCCAGUCUCUCCCAGUCCCCUGCAAGUGUUCGUACCCCUCUAUCAGCAGCUGGGGGAGUCAGUGAAGGAAUUAGAAAGUUCCCUCACUUGGCUACUGGAUUUUAAGCAAAAGCACCUGGGAAUGAAGUGGAGCGUGGAAAGAAACCUCCAUGGUCUCCUCUCGUGAUGUAAGCGCAUUACAGCACUGUUCCUAUGUAAAUCUGGUAUUAAAAGGCUGA